CAAGCUGACAAAUCGAGUCAGACAAUUUCCUAACCUAAUUGAAACAAAUUUAUAAAAAUGUUACUUAAACUUAGUUUUUUAGUUUUAUUCUUAAGUGUAAUUAAUGCAGAAAGUGGAGUAUUGCAAACAGUUAGUGAUGACGAGCUACUUCAAUUGAUAAAGGACAGAGAAAAACUUAUCGUAUUGUUCACUAAACCUGAUUGUGAUGCAUGUACGAAGUUGAACAACAAUUUGGAAGGACUAAAGGAAGACUUUAAGAAGCAUUUAAAUGCAGAUACAGUUAAGGUUUUGAAUAGCCACCUGGCCAGGUUGUACAGCCCGACUAAGGAACCUGCAAUUGUCUUUUUUAGACAUGGAAUACCUUUGCUAUACAGUGGUGAGCCUGAUGAAAAUGAAAUCUACGGGUUUCUGGAAAAGAAUCAAUCACCGGUAGUCAAAGAACUCAAUGAUAAAAUCUUUGAACACAUAACGCAAGCUGCUACUGGGGCAACUACAGGAGAUUGGUUUAUUAUGUUCUACGGUGCAUCAUGCGUUGAAUGCCAGCGACUGCACGCAGUAUGGGAAGGCGUAGGCGCGACUCUUCGCGGGCGAAUCAACGUCGCGCGCAUAGACGCCAAUCUAGCCGGCCUCAAUACUGCCAAGCGGUUCCAGGUCUCUAAGCUGCCAGCGUUCUUGUUUUUCCGCCUUGGUAAAGUUUAUAGGUACAACAUACCUAAAAAUGAUGUAAAAUCGUUCGUCACAUUUGCUCAAGAUUGGUACAAAAAUGCAAAGGCUGAGAGCGUGCCUCUCGUAUCAUCACCAUUUGACGAACUCGUGGACUGGUGUGUUGAGAUGAUUAAAUUUGGCAGCGCCGUUGGGCUGGAGCUGCUGGCCAAGUACCCCUGGAUUUGGCAAAUCGGAGGGGCCGGUUUCGGCCUCGUGGCCAUCACGGCUCUUAUUGCGCUAGUCAAAGCUGGCCGAUCUAAACCAGCGAAGGAGACGAAAAAGGAGAAAAAGAGCAAAUAGGACGUUCUGAUUCCAAUAUGGUUCUUAAGCUUUUUUUUAUCAA